CACAGGAGAAGCGCACGCAGAGAAUGAGGGGGCUCCUCGGGCGCCGGCGGCAGCCGCCGCCGCUCCCCCUCUUCCCCGCCGCCAAGCGCUCCUCCGCGCCGGCGAGCCUCCUCUUCGCGCGCCUCAGCCGUCUCCUCCCGGCGAGCCGCCUCCUCCGCCUGCUCCUCCUCCUCGCGCUCCUCUCCCUCGUCCCACCGGCCUUCUUCCACCUCCGCCUCCGCCGCUUCCACCGCAUGCGGGAGAGGAAGUGCGGGUGGAUCACGAGCCCGCCCAUGGUGUGCGCGCACGGCGGCGAUUCCACCAACGCGUUCCCCAACUCGAUGGAAGCAUUUCGGAUGGCUCUGGACGCACGGGUCGACUGCAUGGAGGUAGACGUCUCGAGGUCCUCAGAUGGCGUGCUCUUCGCGCUGCAUGACAGGGAUCUGCAAAAAAUGUCUGGUAAUUCCACAGCCAAAGUUGGCCACUGGAGCACAGAUGAGAUAAAAGCACUAAGGUUUCAGCUAUCGAAAAGAGUCCAAAACGAGGAAGUUCCUAAAGCAGAAGAUGCUCUGGCAGUGAUAUCACGAUCAGUUAGGCAGGUGAUUCUGGAUGUGAAAGUUGGCCCACCUUCAUUUGACAAAGGUUUAGCUGAAGAUGUAUUGUCUCUUCUGAAGAGAACAAAUUGCAAAAAUUGUCUUGUGUGGGCAAAAACUGAUAACCUAGCAAGAGAUAUAAUCAAGUUGUCUGAAGAUGUUGUGGUUGGUUAUAUUGUUAUGGUUGAUAAGUCCACCGGUAGAAAAACCGAGUUUGUGCGGCUCGAGGGGGCUAAAGUUGCUGGUGUAUAUCAUCCUUUGAUCCAUGAGAAAGUUGUGAAGGUCAUGCGCAGACAUGGUAAGAAAGUCUUUGCAUGGACUGUUGACGAUAACAAGUCCAUGGAGAAGAUGCUGCAUGAGCAUGUUGAUGCCAUUGUGACCAGCAACCCUUCCCUCCUGCAGCAGCUUAUGCAUGAGACAAGAACUGAGUGCCUGGAAGAUGGUUUUGCCUUGCCAUAAGAUUUCUAAUUCUCACUGCACAUAACCAUCACUGCAGGUUUGUGUGUAAAGAGAAGCAGAGAACAAGAGUGUAAGACUUUUUAUAGAUUAGAUGAUAAGUCGCUUUAACAUUUACACUUUGAUCAGAUCAUUGAGAUAGGUCUUAACAAAAUAUCAUUUACCUUCCAUUGUUUCACUUUACAGCUUGAACAGAUCAGGUCAUUGUGACAGACUGACAAUAUUUUCAUUGAUUCAUAGGAUCAUGCUUUAGCCAUUGAUUUACAAGGAUGUCUCUCACUUCUGAUGCAUAUAUAUACACCUACAGAAUCUAUCAUUUUUGCUGAA